UAAGACAUGCGCAGUAAGGAAAACUCGUGUUUUGCCGGAAAAUCAAAUAAUUUUAGUUAGAAUAUCGGUUUAUUUUGAAUCUUCAAUGCCAAAAUGGUGAAACUUACAGCAGAACUGAUAGAACAGUCCGCCCAAUAUACAAAUCCACUUCGAGACAGAGAGUUAGACUUACGUGGGUACAAAAUUCCAGUCAUUGAAAAUAUGGGAGCCACAUUGGAUCAGUUUGACACAAUAGACUUUUCAGACAAUGAUAUCAGAAAGAUUGAUGGGUUCCCAUAUUUACCCAGGCUGAAGACGCUACUUUUGAAUAACAACAGAGUUGUGCGUAUAGCAGAAGGUUUAGAACAAGGAAUACCAAACUUAGAAACAUUAGUGUUAACAAACAAUGGUUUACAAGAACUUGGAGACUUGGAUGCAUUAGAAUCUCUGAAAAGCCUCAAAUAUCUCAGUUUGAUGAGAAAUCCAGUGACAACAAAGAAACACUACAGAUUGUAUGUAUUACAUAAAGUACCAACAAUACGAGUGCUAGAUUUUCAAAGAGUUAAACAAAAGGAACGAGAUGCAAGUGUGAAAAUGUUCAAGGGCAAGAAAGGUCAAGCAUUGGCAACAGACAUUGGGAAGAAGAGUAAAACAUUUGUACCAGGUGAACACUUACCAGAGAAACGUGUCGAUGGUCCAUCUAAAGAAGAUGUUGCUGCAAUUAAGGCUGCCAUUGCCAAUGCUAAGACACUAGAAGAAGUUGAGAGAUUAAACAACAUGUUGAAGACGGGACAGAUUCCUGGCAGAGCUGCACUCAACAGAUUAGCGCGAGGUGAGGAUGAGGAAAUGGAGGUCAAUGGCACAUGAUCACCAUGACAACAACACUUUCAUAGCUGACAUUCAUUAUUAUUAAUAGACUUUCAUCAACAUUAUCAUCAUCAUCAUCAUCAUCAUAAUGUGCUAAAAGCCUUUAUAAAUCAGUCUGGGAGUUGUUCCCAUAUAGUAAUACAAAGUAUGCCACAAAGAUUUAAAACACUAUAAAUUCAUUGAGCCGGUCCAACUUCCUUAUGCUUAAAACAAUCGAGAUUCAUUGGUAUUAGAAAAAUAGUUGAAUUAAAAUACAAAUUUAUUUUAGUAUUACUUGCUAAAAAUAUUAAAAGGUGAUCUUAAUUUAACUUAAUUAAUUCGAUAUGACAGCAUGAUUUCUAAAUUUGGAUUUUUCAAAAACUGCAACAUAUACAUAUAAAGAUCAACCAGAAUUAAGUUGGUAUUUAAAAGUUUUGACCUACAUAUUAGGGCUGAGUGAAAUUUGGUCAAAACUGCAGUAGCAAUUUUUAUAAGGAUUUUUUUUCUGUUCGAAAUAACUUUCAUAUACAUUUGUGAAAGUUUGUCCAGACUUGAAUUGUAUGUUGUUUUUUUUUCUGUAUAUGUUAUAUAUGUAUCAGUUGUUAUAACUGAUAAGAAUGGUACACUAUACACACAAACAAUGGUUAAUUCAUACAAAUGUAAAAUUUGCCAGAAAGAUGUUUGCUGUUGCAUUUUCAAAAUGUUUGGAAUUCCGUUUCUAUGGAAACUGGUAUUUGGAUUUCAAGUGAGUGAUAUUAUAGUAUCACUUUAAAGUGUAGUUCCUUAAGAAAACUUGCUUUGUAAUUUACAUCCUUGAUUUUUGGAACAUAUCUGAAUAUCUUGGGAGAGAAAAAAAUAUGCAAAUUUAUAUGACUAAUAUGUUAAGAAUAUUUAAAGUUCGAAGUAUGCCUUGCUUUCUGGCACAUUUAAAUUUUUUAUUACAAAAUAUAUUUUGCAGUAUACGAUACACUUAUGAAUAAAAAGGUUGAGAAGCGA